UUUUGAUAUAGCGUAUUUUAGAAAGGUCAUAAAUAAAUCCAAAGCCAUGCCUCGCGCCAAAAAUUCGGAUGCCCGAGCCCCUCUGAACCCCAUCCCCGCCAAUGGGGGCGUGCUUUAUCCUCCAAGCCGGAAGACUGACACUCCCGAGGUGAGAUCCGGUGAUGAAAACACCAAUCCAAUCAUUCUCUCACCCGGUAAGCCUUCUAAACAUACUCCCUCCUCGACCACAAAAUCCUCUGCGGCUGGUAAGAAGCGGAAAGCCGACGACACGCCUGAGCCCGAAGAAAUAGAUGACGAUGACCCGCGUCUUGAUGUCUACCAAUGGGACUGCAAUCAAAUCCGGCGCAAAAUCAAAAACUUGAUCGAGUCGAAGGAGAUGAAAAUUGGCGAGUUCCAAAGGGUGCUGGAUGUCUCGGCACGAAGCUAUAAUGCUUUUCUCAAAAUGAGUGGCCCAAUGAAAGGCAGCGAGUCCAACACAUAUGUUCACGCGCACCGGUUCUUUCGCAAACGCGAGCUUCAAGGCAUCAAGGAGCCCAGGAAAAAGCCAGUCAGCAAGCAGGCCAAGUUAGACACAGAGAAGAAGUAUGAUGUCAGCGAGAUUCACCUCCCGGGCGAAGAGGAAGUCGAGGUGGAGGUGUAUGAUACAUGCGAUGUGGUCCGAAAGAAGAUCCGUGCUCAUCUGCGUGAGCCGAAUGUCACGCAAGCCAGCUUCCUCAGAGAGAUUGCGAAGACGUACCCGCCACAGAUGAAGAAGAAGUUCCAAAACAGUUCCCUGACCCGCUUUUUAGACUUGUCUGGUCCCAAUGCGGGCAACACGAAUGGGGUUUUUUACGCUGCUUACGUUUUCUUUGAGAAGUUACGUAUCCGUGAUGGACGGCCCAAGACCGAGUUUCGUGAGGAUAUGGAAAGGAUUUGGGGGCCUGAAGGUGGAUUUGAUAUCACGUCGUCUGCAAAUAGAGCUUAUAUUUGCCAUACCAGUCAGUAUGUGUAUGUAGAUGAAUACGGCUGGCCGAGGUGUGGGACACUUUGAUCCUGAUGAUUUGUGAAAUGGUGUAGAAGGCAAUCAUGUUUUUUGUCACGCCUUUCAUUUUGUAUAUUUUCGUUGGGUGUAAUUAGAGACUCGCGAUUUUGACAUGCU